UCUUUCCUGUUUAAAUUUGCUCAAAAAUUCAUGUUCUCCCCACCCCCCGCCCUCCCUUUUCUUGUCUGGACAGUCUAUCUUUGUUCUGUUUCUUUCCUUUUUCCAUUUUUCCUUUUACUUUUUUGAGCAUUGUUCCAUUACUUCCUGAAAAUCUUACUUUCUGAUGUAAAUUACUGUAUAUUGUUAAUCUGCAUUUUAUUAGCUUUUCAUUGUGUAAAUUAUUUUGCUUGUAGGAACAGCAAUUUUGUGUUUUGCAUUAUAUUUUAUGCGUUAGGUCUCCAGGCAUACCCAUAUCAGAAAUUUUUGUGCUGUUUGGAUUUGCAAUUUUUUGAAGCUUUUGUAGAAAAAUAUAUUGAAGUAAUGUGAUGUAUGUCAUAUAAAUAGGUAAUCAGGAAAUAUGUCUAUGGCAUAUUGCUAUAAUUUUGCUCUCUUCGAUGUCUUCUAGUUAUAUGGUAGCAUGCGUAAGAUAAAAAAAAAUAAUCAAGAAAUAUGUCAAAGAAAUAUUGCUAAAAUUUUUCUCUCUUCGAUGCCUUUUAGUUAUAUGGUAGUAAUAUGAUUUAUGCAAGAGGUAAUCGGGAAAUAUGUAAAGGAAAUAUUGCUAAAAGUUUUCUCUUUAGUGCCUUUUAGUUAUACUUAAUGUUUCUCUGGUAUUGUAUUUAACUGGUGCCGUGAAUUUGUGCUUCAUUAACAGCAUUGAUCAAUUUUCUUUCCUCAUGUAGGAUAAUUGAGAGGCCUUGAUCAUAUCAAGCUGUCUGGUACUUGGAUUCGACUAUUAUUACGUGUAAUUGAAGAAAUGGUACUGUGCUUGGUUCCUUAUUUCUUGAGUUUUCCUCAAAAACCAAGUCGCAAGCAAGUGAAUACCAGGAAUUAUUGUCGACGACCAGCAUUUAGAUCAGCAUGUGUUUUCAGGCCUCAGAUUUUGCCUUCUACCAAUACAGAGGCUAAUGGAUUGCGUGUUUUCAUAGUGUCUGACUUGCAUACGGACUACCCUGAGAACAUGACAUGGGUGAGAGAUUUAUCAAAGAAGAGGUACAAGAAUGAUGUCCUCCUUGUUGCUGGAGAUGUAGCUGAGACGUACAUGAAUUUCAUGUUAACAAUGUCCCUUUUGAAGGAUAGGUUUGAACAUGUGUUUUAUGUACCUGGAAACCAUGAUCUUUGGUGCCGCCGGGAGGAUCAUAGUUAUUUUGAUUCUUUUGAAAAGCUGGACAAAUUACUGGAUGCUUGUCAAAAGAUUGGAGUAGAAACAAAACCUGUAAUACUUGAUGUUCUGGGAAUUAUACCCCUGUUUUCAUGGUACCAUGAGAGUUUUGAUAAAGAACUGGACAUACCUGGCUUUCGGAUUCCGUCCUUGGAGAUGGCUUGUAAGGACUUCCGUGCAUGCAAAUGGGCAAAUGACGAGAAUUCUCUUGCUCUCUUCUUUGAUGUCAUGAAUGAUAAGAACAACGAUUUAGUUGAAGAAAUCAAAAGCAAAUGCAGCCAAAUUAUUUCUUUCUCUCACUUUCUUCCGAGGCAGGAGCUAUGCCCGGAGAAGAGAAUGCUUUUUUAUCCUAAGCUUCCAAAAGUAAUUGGCUCUGACUUUCUUGAAUCCCGAAUAAGAUCCAUACAUGGAAAUAAAGGUGCUGCAUCUGCAUGCCAUGUUUUUGGUCAUACUCAUUUCUGUUGGGAUGCUCUGCUUGAUGGCAUCAGGUACGUGCAGGCACCGUUAGCUUAUCCGCGAGAGAGGAAAAGGAGAAUGAAUGGAGGCGAAGACUGGCUACCCUUUUGUAUUUACUAUGACAGCAAGUUUGCAGAGAGGCUUUCGCCAUGCUACUGGUCCGAUUAUUAUUCCCAGAAUGCCAGAACUCCUGAUAUUACCCAGCUAGCCCCUUGGGUCAGCAGAUUUUAUACCCGAUUAUCAUGAUUUUUAUGGCAAUACAGCAGCAGACGCUUUGCCAUUACACCACUAUCAGGCGAAUUAUGGAUCGAACAUCCAAGCUUCAGCAAUCAUUUUCAACCAUACGGUACUGAUUCUCCAUUGGGAUGACACAGAAUCUUAGCAUUUCAUUGUUGAAAUACCAUUCUACAGUUCAUGGAGUGGAAUCUCUAUACAGAUGGCUGCGGUUUUUGUCAAAUGUAUAGUUGUAUGAUUAACUACAUUCAUUCUUGUUAGUCUUAUGAACUAGCAUCAUUUUCUGUUUUCUUGUAUGACCUCUUGAUGUUUCAAAAUUGUAUUGUGGUAUGAACUUAAAGCACGAAAUAAGAGGUCUUCCUGAAUAUAAUUUAUAAGCUUUUUUUGAG